AAGAAACGAGAGAAAAACGAAACAAGCAAUUAGCAGUUCGUGCAAGUAGCUAGCAGCAGCACUUCAAGGUCCACUCAAGAGUAUCGAAGAUUUCCAAUUUCCCAGAUGUCUAAGGACAUGGAGGAUCCUGUAAACAAUGGUCCUGAAGUCUUAGCUCUCUCCAGUGAAGCCCAAGAAACAUGGUAUAGUUGUGUAGUAAAGCAAGUAUCUGUCUAUGGAGUAGCGGCAGGAUACUGCAUCUCAGCUUCUCUUCUCUCCAUCAUCAACAAAUGGGCUAUCAUGAAAUUCCCUUAUCCCGGCGCACUAACUGCUUUGCAGUACCUAACAAGUGCAGCUGGUGUACUAAUCUGUGGAUGGUUCAAGAUCAUUGAGCACGAUCGGCUUGACCUUCUGACUAUGUGGCGGUUCCUACCUGCAGCCGUUAUAUUUUACCUCUCUCUCUUUACCAAUAGUGAACUCCUCCUACAUGCUAAUGUUGACACUUUCAUUGUCUUCCGAUCAGCAGUUCCUAUGUUUGUUGCAAUGGGAGAGACACUUUUCUUGCACCAGCCAUGGCCUUCAUUGAAGAUAUGGAUCUCAUUAGCCACCAUCUUUGGUGGCAGUGUUCUUUAUGUUCUUACCGAUUACCAGUUCACGUUAACUGCCUAUACUUGGGCUGUUGCAUACUUGGUAAGCAUGUCUAUAGAUUUUGUUUACAUAAAGCAUGUGGUAAUGACUAUUGAUCUGAACACAUGGGGCCUUGUACUGUACAAUAAUCUUGAGGCUCUCCUGUUGUUUCCUCUCGAGCUACUAAUAAUGGGGGAGUUGAAAAAAAUAAAGCAUGAAAUCUCAGAUGAGUCCGAUCGGCACACUUUUGAAGUGAUUUUGCCUGUGGGCUUGUCGUGUUUAUUCGGAUUGGCUAUAUCUUUCUUUGGUUUCUCUUGCCGAAGGGCAAUUUCUGCUACAGGUUUCACUGUUCUCGGUAUCGUUAACAAGCUAUUGACAGUUGUGAUUAAUUUGGUCAUUUGGGACAAACAUUCAACUCUUGUUGGGACUGUCGGGCUCUUGAUUUGUAUGCUAGGUGGGGUUAUGUAUCAGCAGUCUACAAGCAAUAAGCUGAAAGCAGUUAAUAUAGCUACAGAGCAAGAGACAGAGGAACAACAGAAAUUACUUGAAAUGCAAAACAACACACAAGAAAAGAAGAAUGAAAAGGAAGUCACUGAGAUAGAGGAGAAGUGAAGGGCUUAAAAUAGGAGCAUUCUUUCUGGGCUUUCUUCCAUCUUGCAUAUCGAAACCAUUCUUCGUUUGGGCAUGGCUGAUGAAUUAUCGGAAAACAGCAAUCUCCGUAUGCACAGAAUAUCUGCAUCGAAGAUUCUUGCUCAAGUUUAAUACAGCUAUAUGGCGCUUCAUCUGGUCAGUCUUCUAUUUCCUGAACUGGAAACUUGAUCUUCUUCAGAUUGAUACAUGAUUUUUACAUUUCCCAUCUGACAAACCAGGAGAAUUUGGUUAGAUUUUUACGUUCUUUUGUUUCAUUUUACUACCAUGAACAUCUUAUUUAA